AUGGCAUUUCGGGUGGAUGACGGGGGUCUCUCGCUUGGUGCUACCGGCCCCGACCCGUAUGUCGUCGGCGGCAAACGGAGGGUGAGCCACUCGGACGGCUGCGAUGGCUUCACUUUCGGUCCAAAGAGGAAGAGGUUUGACGACGACUACGAUUACACCAACAUCGAUGAUGCACUUGCACUUCCAUAUGAUGAUGCAUACAACAACCCGCCCGUAGCUGGGCCCAGUGGUCAUGAGUCGCCCGCUUACCCUUAUCCUUUGCAUUUGCAUCACCGACAUGGGUAUCCGCGGGCCCAUUACGGCGGCGUCCACCAACACGCCGAUUAUCCCUACGGUCGCUCUUAUAGCUCCCCUGCAGAGGACGAUGUUCCUCACCACGACGACAUUGAGACUACUCCUCCGCCAAUUCCUCCCCCCGAUCUCAUGGCCCUCAACAAGCUCGGUUUUCUCGUCAUUCGCGAGCGUUCGCCACCUCCCGAGGAUCACGAGUUUCCCUCCAUCGACGCCGGCCUCGACUUUGGCUCGACUCCCGAGCCCCGGCCGGCGCCAGCAGCUGCAUUCGGCCCGGCACCCGUCCCCGAGGCCUGCGCUAUGGAACGCACCGAGUCCGGACUCUCCGUCUCUUCUGAUACGACACAGCACUCACUCGCCAGCCUCGCCCUCAAAGCAGAGGAUAAUGGCCUCUCAUUAUUGAGCGACCUUGCUGCCGCUCGCCUUGUCCGGGACCAUGUCGCCGGCUUAGGCUCUAACCGCAGACGGCAUCGCCGGUCUGAUUCGCGGCACGGCCGCAUUCUCCGGACUCUCAUCAACCCCAAGUCUCGGGCCGCCGACUUUCCCCUGGAUGAGGAUGCCCUUCGCAGCAUCUUCUCUGCCGCCAAUGAACUAUUCUUCUUCAACACCCUCGCCGGCCGUGUUGCCUGGGAUUGGAGUCACCCUGCCAGCGCCCAGUAUCAGGCACACAUCGUCGGCACGACGGCUGUGCGACGUUCCCCCGUCAGUGGGUUCGAGACACUCAUUGUGUUGUCUUCGCCUAUUCUCAAAGACACCCAGUACAACCGUCGCCUACUUAUUUCGACAUUUCUACAUGAGAUGAUUCAUAGCUACCUCUUUGUCACAUGCGGCCUCAAGGCCAGCCACGACGGCGGCCACACCGAAGGAUUCCGCCAGAUUGCCGACACUAUCGACGACUGGGUAGGACGAGGAAGCUUGCGGCUGAGCGAGAUGGACGCCGACCUGGAACACUUCCGCGAACGCCCUUCUGUCGCCCACGAACAGCACCAGGUACGCAGCCGAAGUGCUGACGAUCAGCGCAAGGUGCCCUGGCGAUGCGAGAGAUGGGAUGGCUGCUCCAGGCAUGACUACUGUGAGCCCCGUCCACGACCACACCCGGAUCAUAUCGACUGGGAGUGGAAUGACCGAGAAGGGCGCCGAGCCCGUGAUCCUCGAAGGAGAGCCUCACCAUUCUACUGA